AUGCCAGAUCCUUUCGAUGAUUAUGGUCCCUCAGACGUCAAUGUUGCACCUUUGUUGGAUGAGGUCCAACCUCAACAAAGACGACACACUGCUGGGAGCAUUAUGCUUUGUUCCUGGAGGAAAUUUUAUGGCUUGAGGGCAGAGGGGAGUUCCAUGAAGUGCCUUGUUCCAGUUGUGGCAAUUCUUGCCCUCUGUAUUGAUGCCAAGACUGCUUUGGAGUUGAUCUCCACUGUGCCGGUUCCAGAGUGCCUGGAGGGAACCGGCACCACACGUCCAGCUGAGCAAAGUGCUUGGCUCCUCUCUUCGUUGUUCUCUUCUCCAUUCCACACAUCAUACUCGCUCGUACCUACACAAAUAUCCUCACUCAUUCUCCAUUUAGGCCUUAGUCUCCCAGGGAGCAGCAGUUCUCAAGAAACCCCCUCCAGCACUACUUCUCAGAGCAGCCAAGGAACUGCCGCUAGUAGGCCUAUGCAAUCGCCUCAUCUACCAUUGCCUCCUUCAACUCAGAGGCUGGGACCUGCAUCUGCCUGCUCGAAUGUACCACCCACCAAUAACCUAGCGCCUAGUGCUGUGAACCAACCAGACCCAGCAGCACAGAGAUGUGCAACCAAGCACGCAGCUAUACGAGCUAGGCUUAUGGAACUGGAAGCAGAUGAGGCCAAUGGCACCCACCAACUGGCCAAUGCCCCUCUCGUUCCCAUUCCUGCCUUAUUUGCAGACCCAGCUGUGGUUGACAGAGCUCGGGCAACUGCCGCUGCUAUGCACAAUGAACCGAAGAAAAUCAUAUUACCAGAAUUAGUCCCUGGCUUCAAAGCCAACCUGCUUGAUGCCAUCAUCCUGCUGAAAGUAGAGGAUGCCUUGAAGCAGUACAAAUAUGUACUGUACAUGGCAAUUACCCCUGCAGCACAUCUUCAGGCUGCACGCAACGGCAAUGAGGCAUUUUCCUUUAACACCUAA